UUACUGAAUAAGAUCAAUUUAUUUUUCUCUGACAAUAUUUUUGAUUGCGUCAUUUUCUACUUUGGAAAUGUGUCUGAUUUAGCAUUUUAGUUCGCUAAAAACAUCAAAAUCUUACCUUCUUUAGCUUUCACAUUAGAUUCUGGUAAACAUAAACACAGAAAGAGAAGCCAGACAACGAAAUAACAAAAAAAGAAAGAGAAGAUUUUAUUUUGCCCGAUGCCUCCGACCAAUAAUUACCGAAUCUCCGGCGAGCCACCGUCUACUUCGCCGUCUCCUCCACCGCCAAAGCCGAAAACAAGGAUUCUCUCUGUAUUCCUCGUCGGUUUAAUCAUGUUUUCAAUCUUCUUUCUCUUCCUUGUUCUUAUCGGCAUCGCCUCUGUUCUUAUCCUCCCUCUCCUCCUCUCUUCUCUCCAUCGUCACCACCGACGUCGCCGUCGUAAUCGUCGACAAGAAUCCUCUGAUGGGUUAUCUUCAAGAUUCGUGAAAAAGCUUCCCCAAUUCAAAUUCUCCGAACCCACCACAUACACACGGUACGAGAGCGAUUGCGUGGUUUGUUUUGAUGGAUUCAGACAAGGACAAUGGUGUCGGAAUCUUCCUGGCUGUGGACACGUGUUUCAUCGGAAGUGUGUUGACACUUGGUUGCUCAAAUCCUCGACUUGCCCGAUUUGCAGAGCUAGGGUUAGAUUGAGGGAAGAAGAUGCACAUGAAGGAGAAUUAUGGAGAUGUUUUGGUCAUAGAAGACGUAGUUUGCUAGAUUUGUAAUAUUGUGUGGUUCUGUAGACGUGGACGCAGUCAAAUGGAUGAUAAAAAUCUCCAUAACCAAAGCUACUCAGAGGUACAAUACAAGCCAAAGACUCUUUCCACCGUAGAAAAGUAGCGGGUCAACCAAUCAAUCUUAUGGUAGUAUAUAUGAGCACUAAGCAGAUGGGUUUGAUCUUAUAAACCCCUCACUACCAUUACCAAAAAACCAGUAGCCAAGAGGUUUUUUUUUUUUCAUUUUUCUUUUCAAAACCCAUGGAUCGGUUUUCGUUCUUGAAUGUUGUAAUGGAGGUUGCGGGUAUUCUAAAUGAAUCCCGCAAACUCUUUAUCAAGAACAAAAAGUUGAUGUUCUCAGUCUUGGCAUUCCCUCUCUUA